AUGAUUAGUAAAGUAAGUAAUGGGUUGUUUUUGAUCUGCAGCAGUCUGAUUAUUCUCUGUGAAUGGGUUUCCAGUAGUGUGGACCGAGCCCAGCUCCUCCUGACCUGCGUACUGCUGGUCUCGGCUCUGGUCCUCCCUGCUCUCCAGCUGGACAGCCUGGUGUGUUACUUCUGUCCCAUGCAGGAAAAAAGCCAGGCCUGCACAAACGUCACCAGCCACUGUCUGCCCGACCAGCGUUGCUCCACCUCCAAAGGUCACUACGGCGCCGUCCACGUCCUCUCUGCUCAGGGCUGCGUGGAUGCCGAGCUCUGCGGCUCUCACGAAGUUGUCUCUUAUCGGGGAGUUGAAUACAAUGUCAGCCACACCUGCUGCUGCAGAGACAAGUGUAACAGCAGACCAAAACUAUCUAAUUUGAAGAAGCUGAUGCAGAUGAUCAAAGCCAAAAUGGACAAAGCCACCAGUGACGUUCUUGUGGAAGAGCCUUGGGAUUCAUGUGAAAACUAUACAUUAUCGAGGACAACCGCAUUCCCUGCCAUUAAAUCAUAGAUGUAGUUGUAGUUUAUGAGACUUGGGGAGGCCUGUCAUCCAAAGGGAUUUACUCAAGUCUCCCAAAGUUUAACAAUUAUUUUAGAAUAAUUGUUAAACUGGCAAGUGAGGAAAAUAUGUCUUAGAAAAGAAAAGAAAACCUCUUUUAGUUCAGAUUCAUGGUCCAGAG